AGACUCAUUAUUCAAGAAAAUCAAUAAAAUCCCAAAUCCAAUAAUUAAACAAACACAAAAAAGAAAUAAAAGGAAAAAAUUAAGCGAAAUCUCUUUAGAUUAUCCAACUGUAAAGCAAACCCACAUUGGAUACUGAGAGACAGAGCAAAAUGCAACAAUGAAAGUCCACAGAUCCCAUUCCCUUCCUUUGCCUCUUUCUUCUUCACUCUGCCAGACCAAACUAACAAACCCCAGAGACCCAGUAACUGAAACCACCCCACCAUGCCUUCAAGAACCUUCCCACCAUACCCCAACUCUCCAACUCCAAGGUCUCCUAGUUUUUUAACCAAGACCAGGGUCUUGUUCUUGUUCCUCACAAUCUCUGCCUCUCUAGUUAUACUUGCCUCUAUCCUCUACUUUCUUUACCACCUCUGGCACUCACUUGUGCACAGAGCUAGAACUAUUCCAUUUGAUUCCAGUGCACCUCUCAAGCUCCAAAGGUUCUCACACAAAGAGCUCAAGAAUGCUACCAAUGAUUUUGAUGCUGCCAAUGUCAUUGGCAAAGGCGGUUCUGGUACUGUCUUUAGAGGUAUGCUAGGGACUGGUAAGCUUAUUGCCAUUAAGAGACUGGAUGCUCUGUCUUUGCAGACAGAGAGAGAGUUUCAGAACGAGUUGCAGAUUUUGGGUGGCUUAAGAUCACCAUUUCUGGUGACCCUUUUGGGUUAUUGUGUGGAAAAGAACUACAGAAUCCUUGUUUACGAGUACAUGCCCAAUAGGAGUCUCCAAGAGUCGCUUUUUGAAGAUGGUAUUUUGAGUUUGAGUUGGGAAAGGAGGUUUGAGAUCAUAUUGGACGUUGCUAGAGCUCUUGAAUUUCUGCACUUGGGAUGUGACCCUCCCGUGAUUCACGGAGAUGUUAAACCAAGCAACGUUCUGCUCGAUUUUGAUUACCGGGCUAAGAUUUCGGAUUUCGGGUUGUCCAGGAUUAAGGUGGAGGGCGACUUCGGAGUGGAUAUGUUUAGUCAGGACUUGGGGAAGAGUCAGGAGCUAUGGAAAAGCCAAGACCUUUCAGGGAACCUGCCAACGGAGACGCCAGCUAUUGGUACACCAGUGGAGAGUGCUCAAGAGGUAGAUUUUGCUCUUGCUUUACAGGCUUCUUCCUCAUCAAAAAAUAGUAGAACAUGCUAUAAUGUUAAAGCCUUGAACUUGAAUUCUAUGAAUUAUAAUGCCAACAUUGCAAAUGAGAGUGACAGCAAAUGUAAUAAUGCUAAAGGGAAAGAGGUUUCAACUAUAGAUUUUGGUGGGGAUGAUUGGAAUACUAGGUUUGUUCCUUAUUAUGAUGAGCCGUACAGCAUUGAUCAUAGUAAGGAGUUGAAUAGUACAAAUUCACCGGUUGAUGAAGCUCUGGAUACACAACAGUGGGGAAAGGAUUGGUGGUGGAGGCAGGAUGGGAGUGGUGAACUUUGUAGUAAAGAUUAUGUUAUGGAAUGGAUUGGAAGUCAAAUUUGCCCAUCCACAAAUCCUGAUUGGGAUGAAGAAAAGAAGAGCAUUCCUGAGAAGACUGACAUGGAUCAAUCAAGUCCAGUGGAUAAACUAGAAGAUGCAAAAGAACCUCGGUUACAGGAUUUCCGGUUCGAAAAUCCAGAUAAGAAGAAAGAACCAAAGGGCAGGAAAAACCGUAAGAAGAAACCGAGGAAGAUGCAAGAGUGGUGGAAAGAAGAGCACCUAGCUGAGAUUAGCAAGAAGAGUAGCAAGCUGAAAAAUCUUGAGACAAAGUGGAAGAAAGGCUUCAGAAUGCCACAUUUUGAUCUUGGUAGACGGUUUUACUUUCAUAGACGAAAGAACUUUGGGGAACAAAGUCAGAAUGAGUGUGAUCAAAAUGGGGAAUUCAGCUUUAGAAGGGGGUGGAAGAAGAAGAACACUCAUUCUGUUGGCAGUGACAUGUGGAGUGGAGAUCUAUUCAGUAGAGAGCUCAGCAGCACAACUAGCAUGAGAGGAACAUUGUGUUAUGUUGCACCAGAAUAUGGAGGGUGUGGAUAUUUGAUGGAGAAAGCUGACAUCUACAGUUUAGGGGUUCUAAUCCUCGUCAUUGUUUCUGGUAGAAGACCAUUACAUGUUCUUGCUUCACCCAUGAAGCUGGAAAAGGCGAAUUUAAUAAGCUGGUGCCGACACUUAGCUCAAGCUGGGAAUAUUCUAGACCUUGUAGAUGAGAAAUUGAAAGAUGACUAUAAUAAAGACCAAGCAAGCUUAUGUAUCAACUUGGCUCUCACUUGCUUACAGAAAAUGCCGGAGUUGCGACCAGAUAUCGGCGAGAUUGUAAAGAUUUUGAAAGGGGAAAUGGAUCUCCCGCUGCUCCCAUUUGAGUUCUCUCCCUCUCCACCUUCCAAAUUGUACAGCAGGUCCAGGAGAAAACACAAGUUUAAUGCAGAGUAGGUCUUGUAACAUUUUUCUUCAUUUAUCAAUUUCACAUUGGGGUUUAUGGCGAAUGUAAUAUAGUAGAGAUGAUUUGGAAACUGUUAAUUGACAGCAAAUUUGGGGAUUCAAUGGUGUGUACAAUGUGGGUUAUGUUAUAUGUAUAUUAGAUAAAGUGUUACUGCUUUUCUUUGCUAUUUACUUGGCUCAUUUUCAUGUCUUCUUAAUUUCUUGUAUCUGGUAUGCUUUCUUGUUUAGGAUGAUGUAAAUUGGAUUCUGCACCUCUAUAAGAAUACACCAUCCACAUAUGUAUCAAUAUUUACCUUUUUAGCAGAUGAAGGAACUUCUGUCAAGCAAUACAAGUCUUUUUCUUUUCUUUC